UCCUGAUUUCUCUUCAUCUGCUACAGUUUCAUUCUUUCCAUUCACACAAAGUAAAACCAUUUCUCAGGAACAGGUUUUUAGUGUUGGAUGUGAAGAUGGGACACACCUUGCUCUCUCUACUGGGUUUUUUCUUGCUGAAUUCACUGAACCGUGGACAAGCUCAAGAUGCUGUGCUGACCAUUGAGCCAAAGUGGACCACCUUUUUUACCGGGGAGUCUGUUACCUUCAAGUGUGACAUUACAGGAGAAAAAGACAGAGACUGGUCUUACGCAAUCUACAGGGAUGGUGGAGAAUUUCUCCCUUACUACAAACAUGAGAACUAUAAAUUACAACCUCUAUAUACUGGCGACAGUGGUGAAUACCAGUGUUAUUUUAAUCACAUGGGCUCAACAAAGAAAAGCAAUAAGGUCUUUCUAACUGUAUCAGAGAGACCUCAGCCUGUCCUCACUGUGUCUCCAUCAUGGCUGAGUCCUGGAGCCUCAGUAACUCUGAACUGCAGGGUUGAUCAUCCUUCUGCUGGCUGGAGGUUCUACUGGUAUAAGGCUGCUCCCAGACUGUCAGACAGCUCCUACAGCUAUGAGCUGCUAGCUGGCAGCGCCAGUGGGACUGAACAGGAUCUCUAUAUCGUUGAUGGACAGACACACACAGCAGGAUAUGUGUGCAGAGCAGGAAGAGGAGAUCCAGUGUUUUACAGUCUGCAUAGCAGUGCUGCGUUCCUCUGGUCUGGAGAUAUUAACUCAGCAGCGUCUCUCACAGUGAGUCCUGAGAGUGUGCAGCACUUCACCCAAACGUCUGUGUCACUGAGCUGUGACGGAAACUCCACUGAGUGGAGAGUGAUGAGGUUCUCGAAAUUUGGCUUCCUUCUUGACUGUUCUAUCUGGGGGACAAUGACUGGAUCCACAUGCAAAAUGACCAGAGACUGGAUUAGUGGAGUGUACUGGUGUGAGUCUGAAACCGGACAGUUCAGUAAUGCAGUCAACAUCAGUACACAGUAUGGUGAUCUGAUGCUGGUGAGCCCUGUCCGUCCGGUGGCUGAGGGACGUUCUGUCACUCUUAGCUGCGAGUUCAAGACAGAACCCGUUUAUAAUGUGGAUUUCUAUAAGAAUGACAAACUCAUCCAGAACGAUACCAGAAGAGAGAUGACCAUCCCUGCAGUGUCAAAGUCAGAUGAAGGCUUUUAUAAAUGUAAACGGAGAGAUUCAGUAUAUGGUAGCACGUCACAGAGCUGGUUGUCAGUAAAAUCAGCGUCUCAGCCUGGAAAAGACUCUCAAUUUCCCAUCCUGCUGAUCGUUGGACUGCUUUGUGGAGUUUUACUGAUCAUCUUUCUGCUGCUGUUCCUGUAUUUAUACAGAAAGUCAAAAGGUUCAUGCCAUAUCAGCUCUCAGAGGACCAAUCAGAGCCCUGCUACAGACCACAUGAUCAACCAGGAUGAAAAUCACCUUAGAGAAUGUGCUUCUGUACUCCAGGAUAAUACGGUUCUCUAUGAAACAAUCAAAGGCCCCGAGGAACCUGCAAAUGAUGAAUCCACAGAUGUCACAUAUUCUGUGGUCGAGCUCAAAAAGAUUUCUAAGAAGGGGAAGAAAGAGGAACCGGAGGAUUGUGUUUACUCAUGUGUGCAGAAGGCAUCAGCUGCAGCCGGGAAGUCAAGUCGCGCUCCAGCGGAGGAAACUGUUUAUUCUGAAGUCAAACCAGGAACAGCUGUUAGUAAAAAUGCAGCGUAACAACAUAUCAAACAACGACAUCUGAAAUGACAAGAAGAAGAAAAAACAACAUGAAAAACCAAAGCUUUGUUUAUUAAACCUUCUGUGCAGCUUUGCUCUUCAUUUAUCAGACGGUGUUUUUGUACAGUUAAUGUUAAAGCAAAACAUUUAGCAUCAUAAGGCUUUAAUGUUGUGUAUUUAAAAAAGAAAGCGCUUCUUUUUUGCAUCAAUAAACUUUAUUUACUUAA